AUGGAAACCCCAACUCGUGCCAGACCCGUGCGUCGCUGCUCGCACGACGGCUGUCGCAACCAAGUGUACGCCCGCGCGCUCUGCGUGCGCCAUAGCGGGAAGAAGCAGUGCCCCAUUGAAGGCUGCUCGACGUACACGCGCAGCGGCGCCUUUUCCCUUAAGCACGGAGGUUGCAGCACACGGCGCUAUUGCAUUGAGCCUGGCUGCGCCAAGCAAGCCCACGCCCGCCAGCGCUGCGUUCGACACGGUGGCGGGCGAGCAUGUAAACUCGACGCGUGCGAGUACCUCGCCAAGUACUCUGGCUACUGUCGUCGGCACACGCCAGCGACCGUCGCGAACGAAGCCUUCUCGUCGACAAGUGCCGUUGAGGCGAUGGACAUUUUUGAGUUUGACAUGCUGACGCUCUUGGCGCAGCCACCGUCCGACGCCGAGAACAGCGAUGACGAGGCCGCUCGAAACGGCAUCGACUGGGUACGCACGCUGAACCAAAGCCCGCUGUAG